CCCCACUCGCUGUUUUUUUCUGGUUCAAUUAAACUAAGUAGACCAGACCAAGCUGCUAUUGCAUUGGUGUCUAUGAGAGACACACCCAGUUAAGUAAGCCGGAACUGACCUUUUUUUCAAUGGUAGAAGGCCUGACUGAAUAAUCUUUAUUUAUCCACCAUCUUUGGUCUCGACUCUAUGUGGAAAGGUGGUUACUGGACUGUCAAACACUGUCCCGAUUUCUUACUGUUUGUUGGUAGUUACGGUCUUGUUCGGUAGCGCUCUCUACAACCACAAUUGAGUCGAAGAAGUCUAGCCAGUUUGAUUAUUCUCCAGUCUUGUUUUGUAAGGUUGAAGUUGCUCUCUGCAUUGCAGCCUAGUGCUGCUGAUGGAAUUCAAACACAAUGGCGACUCCCAGCCCCAACAACUCAACAUCUACCAGCAAUAACGCAGGAUCUACAGGCUCCCAUCACCAUCAAUCCCAGUCGCAACACAUAACAACAAUGAGCAGUAUGCAAGAAUCCAACACGUGCUGGAGAUGUCAGAGUGAAACAGGGUUUCAGAUAAACCUGUCUGGAGCUCCCCCAAGUAAACGCAAAGCACUGAAGUUAAAUUUUGCCAAUCCCCCGAUUAAACCAACGACCAGAUUCACUCUGAAUACAGCAGGACCCCCAUUCCAGAACCCCCACAUAGAGAGGCUGCGUACGCAUAGUAUCGAGUCAUCAGGGAAGUUGAAGACCGCCGGUGGCGAUUGUGACUUCACGGCUGAGGACCUCAAGGACCUGGGGGAGAUUGGGCGGGGCGCGUACGGCUCUGUCAACAAGAUGGUGCACAAACCCAGCAACCAGAUAAUGGCUGUCAAGAGGAUUAGGUCAACGGUUGAUGAGAAGGAACAGAAGCAGCUGCUAAUGGACCUGGAUGUGGUCAUGAGGAGUAGUGACUGUCUCUACAUAGUUCAGUUUUACGGGGCUCUUUUCAGAGAGGGAGACUGUUGGAUAUGUAUGGAACUAAUGUCUACCUCCUUCGACAAAUUCUACAAAUAUGUAUAUUGUGCUUUAGAUGAUGUGAUUCCAGAGGAAAUAUUAGGCAAAAUAACAUUAGCUACUGUGAAAGCACUUAACCACUUAAAAGAAUACUUGAAAAUAAUUCACAGAGACAUCAAGCCAUCCAACAUCCUCCUGGACAGGAAUGGCAACAUUAAGCUUUGUGAUUUUGGCAUCAGUGGGCAGCUGGUGGACUCCAUUGCCAAAACCAGAGAUGCAGGGUGCAGACCGUACAUGGCACCUGAGAGAAUAGACCCAAGUGCCUCCAGACAAGGCUAUGACGUCCGGUCAGACGUAUGGAGUUUGGGGAUAACACUGUACGAGCUGGCGACUGGGCGGUUUCCCUACCCAAAGUGGAACAGUGUGUUUGACCAGUUGACACAGGUGGUGAAGGGAGAACCUCCACAGCUUACCAACUCAGAAGACAGGCAGUUCUCCCCCAAAUUCAUCAACUUUGUCAAUCUGUGCCUUACAAAGGAUGAGUCAAAAAGGCCAAAGUACAAAGAGCUUCUGAAACAUGCUUUCAUUCUGAUGUAUGAGGAGCGCUCAGUGGAUGUUGCCAGUUACGUCUGCAGAAUCCUGGAUCAGAUGCCUACUUCUCCCAGCUCCCCCAUGUACGUCGACUGACUGUAGAACAAGUAGAAACGGAAGCCUGGAACAACAAAACAAUGACCUAAAGAGUUGCUUCAUCCCAUACUGCAGUGUUAAACUAAGACAGGAAAUGUACAAACUAAAACACCACGUGUACUAAGACUGAUGAUCAGUCAUGUCUGUAUGAUAUCAACAUUCACACACUUUUUUUCUAUCCUACACACACACACACUUACAUGUAAGUACAACUAGUAACAAUGAAUAUACCAUGGUCUUGGUUCUUCUCGAUGUGAGACCUCAUCUCUAAUGUGGAUACAGUACAGUGAUUUUAAAAUCUGGAAAUGUAUUUAUAGUGUUUAAUCACUUGUGGAAUAUAUGAUUUGGAGAUACUGGAAUCAUGCUCUUUGAAUCUUCCCACCUCUUCCAUGUAUGUGACUUUAAGCAUUGUGGUUUGUAUCUUAAAUGAAACCUUGCUUCUUAUGGUGUAAAGCAAUUUAAAACGUAACAGAAUUGAUGGACAGGAUUAUGUGGCCUCCAUCCAAUGUUGUGAGGGUGCUGCCGUCACUGUGCAAUGGACUUUGUGCUGAUAUAUAAAUAAAGAGAGAAAUAAUUGUG